AUGACUUGUACAUUGCUGCCACACAUUCCGACCAACUUCACCGCCGACAGAGAGCCGCACUACAACAUUGUAAACAUGUCUUCUUCGGAGAUGGCCAACGCUCUUACCGGCCAUGUCGGUAGCCAAUUCUCUGACCGAAUUCUGGUAUCGGACGGCGAGCUAGCGGCAGCUAGCGCUCUGGCUGGCACGGGUGUUGACAAUGGCGAGGAUGCGGACAUUGUACUCGAGCUGCCUCGACUGCUCAAAAAAGUCGCGGCUACAGUGUCUGGCCACCAAGCUGGACAGCCUGCAUACACUCGCGUCGGUGACUACUACAUCCGCACCAACAUUGUCGAUGGCAUUGUCAACCAAUCUAUCGAGAACACCAAAUCCAGCAUGGUCACACACGCAGGUACUACCACCGUUGAGCUUGGAGCUCCCCCAAUCUUUACACUGCAUGGUGUUUCACUGCAAGACACUGCCAGUGCGGCAAUUCCUGACGAGCACACUUUCCUGACCUAG